AGGGAUGUACCGAUUUUGAACAGCUAACAAAACAUGAUGCGGUACAUAAUAUCCGCACCUUGGUUCCUAUCUGCGAUGUUUGUUAUAACUACGCAACAGUUACUUGAUUUUAAUGAAGUUGGCUGUGGUUUCCUUCUUGACAACUACCUUUUGGACGGCAUCACCAAUAAAUCAUUUAAAGCUUCGUCAUCUGAUCCCCCUCUACCGCCGCUGCUAAGGGGGAAGAAUUUUUGGAAACCUAAGGAUGAUGAUAAAGUGAAAAACUUGACAGUAGAUCUAGGUAAAGUUUAUAAAGUGUCAGAAAUAGCUUGGACAGGUGAUCCAUCCGUUUCAUCUGCAACUUCGAUUAUGAGGCUGCAUUACAGUAACGAUGGAAUAAACUUUAAAUGUGUGAUACAGUCUGGAAGAGAUAAAUGCCAAUCCUUUUUUGCAACAUAUCAUACGCUUCCGGUACCCGGAUCGCACGAAAAUAUUGUCCCCCUAGGCCAAGUCAUCGAAGCCAGAUAUCUUACUUUUCAAGCAAUGGAGCCGAAACAAGGUCUUCAAAAUCCUCGAGCAAACUAUAUGAAAAUCGAUGUCAAGGGUUGUGUGAAAGUUAUCCCAAAUCUUGACAUUGUGUUCUUACUAAGUGCAACCUCAGCAAGUGCUUCCUCGACUUUCGCGUUCAUGAAAUCCACCGUCAAGGCUUUUGUAACGUUGUACGGCAAUGUACAAGUUAAAUAUGGCAUGAUUAUAUUUGGUAGUACCGUCACAACAACUUUCUCUCUUAACACUAAACACGCCAACAAAGAUGCUUUAAAAGCUGCCAUCGAUGGGGCAGGAAUUGUCGCUGGGGGUCCAAACUUAGUCUCGGCCAUGAAAGAAGCAAAGACCAUGAUAGAUACGCAAUCACGAAACGACGCAAUCCGAAUAGUUGUAGUAAUGAUGGAUAAAAACUUCAGUCAGAGCCAGGCAGAUUGCUCACAAGCCGCUUCUGAACUUAGGAACAUAAAAACAAACAUUAUCGCAAUCGGAAUUGGAAGUGAGAUUUCUAUUCAACUUCUUGAUUGGAUCACAUUGAAUAGAUAUUACAUUGUCAUGUUUAAUUGGGGAGGAAAUGCGAAUCAUCUCUGCCGUGAAAUUGGUUACCGUUGUUUCAAAGAAUUUGACAUAACAUUUGCCUUCGGAGCUGCUUCUACAAACAAAGUCACCUACUUCGCCUUAAUGAAGAACGCUAUGUCAGCAAUUUGCUUAAAGUAUGGUAUAAGCACUAUUCACUACAGCUUCGUCACGUAUGGACUUGGCUCAGCCUCAAUAGUGCAUUCAUUUACUCAUACUAUCAACACCUACUCUUCAUCAGCAAACCUCAAAACAGCAAUUGAUGCUAUAUCAAACCCAACUGGUUCUGGUAGCUUUGCAGUUGAAUCUUCUCUUACUCAAUGCAAAAACAGUUUUCAGGACUCUAAAGUUCGAAAAAGUGCGGAUAGAGUUGUUGUGCUCAUGACAGAUAAAGCAUCUUCAGCUGACAUAUCUAAACUGAGAUCAACCGCUGAUGGAAUUGGCAAUGAUGGAGUGAGGGUCAUUGCACUGGGGAUUGGAGAAAGCGUCAGCCGAUCCGAAUUGCUUGCAAUCAGUAGUAACGAAGACGACGCCAUUCAAGUAAGCAGCAGUGUCACAGUCUCGCAGCUGGAAUCUACAAUUAUGCAAAGCGUUUACAGAUUGAACAUGAUCAACUAUGACAUAACAUUUACCAUAAAUGCUGCCUCGUUUCAAUCAAGCCAUUAUUACCAAUACAUGCAGAGCACUAUCCGAUCAAUAAUACAAAAGUACGGGUAUGGACGAUGUCGUUAUACGUUCAUCGUUUAUGGACAAACAGCUAUAAAAUAUUACACCUUCGAUCACGUGUUUCCCAGCUUGGAAAUGUUGCUGCGUGCCUUUGCCAGAAUACCCAUUGUCACUGGCGGAGCAAAUAUAUACAACGCAUUAGUGGAAGCGACAAACAAUUUUAAAGCACAAUCGAGGAAAGAUGCGUGGAAAAUACUUGUUGUCAUGAGUGACAUUAAAUUAACCUCAGUGCCUCAGGCACUCAUUCGCAGGAUAUUUCAAUCUUUGGAAGAUAUUGGUGUAAUUGUAAUGCCAGUAGGAAUGGGUCGUUCAAUGAAUCCUUUGGAAUUUUACUACAUGACCUCAUACAGCGACACAGUACUAUUUGCUGCUGACUACACAUUUACGUCUUACUUAAGGACUGGAGAAUCAAUUAUGACCACUAUGAUAAAUUUUGCUUUCAUAGACAUCACGUUCGUUUUGAAUGCUAAUUCUACCAAUUCGUCUGCAACGUUUACUCUAAUGAAGGACUGUAUGAUUAAGAUGAUCAAUAAAUUUGGUGCUUACAGAAUUCACUACUCUGUAAUCAUAUUUGGUACAACCGCCACUACGUACUUAGACUUUGAUACUACGUUUCCUUAUCGUGAAGCGCUGAUUGCUCGUAUAACAGGUCUAGGGUUAGUAGGUAUACAGGCUGGUUCAUCGGGUGUAAUCGAUGCUCUUGGCAAAGCCAACGCUAUCUACAGCUUGUCAUCCGUGAGAUCGAUAUCAGUCAGGGGUUUAGCAGUGAUACUUGACAGACCGACAGGUAAAACAAUUGCGGAGUUGCGAAAUGCUGUCAAACCUAUACACCAAAAGGGCGUCAUCAUAACCUCGUCAGGAAUUGAUGGGCAAGUUCGUUAUGAUGAGCUUCGAGCCUUAACUCUCAGUAGACACGACGUCAUUAGAGUAACAGCAUCUUAUUCGUCGUCGCAGUUGGCAGACUUUUCUGUCAAAACCAUUAGGAAAGAUUCAGUUGACCUGGUUGAUAUGGUUUUCGCUAUUUCUCUGUCUGGAGAUAAUGAUGAAACCACGACCUUGAUAAAGGACGUUAUAUAUCAGAUCAUCUACCGCUAUGGUCUAUUUAGAUUUCACUACAGUCUCAUCAUCUUUGGAAACGCACGUUCUGUGGUAUUUGAUUUUGGAAGUAGCGUACCUGACAGAGAAACAAUCUUUAACACAAUAAAGAAUCUGAAACGCAUUGACUCUAGCUCUUCAACCAACGUCAAAGAUGUUUAUGUUAAGGCAAAAUCAAUAUUUCAGAACAAGCCAACACGAGAUUCAUCCAGGAAGUGUUUCACGUUUAUCACGGAUAAACGAACUUCCUCCUCGGCAUCGGAUAUAUUGACAGCGAAAAGAAGUCUUGAAGACAUCGGUGUUACUACUAUUGCUGCUGGAGUUGGAGAUCAGCUGUUACUGGAUGAUUUAAAAUCACUCACUACUUUCAGGCAUAAUGCUAUAUUUGGGAUUGGGAAUUCAUACGAAAUUGCUCAUAGUAUCGUUAGAAAAAUUGAAAGAGUGCCAGAAAUGGACUUGGUGUUUAUAACUACCUUUAGUACCACAUCAACCAGCAAAAUCAAGUCACUAAUGCCAGGAGUCAUUAAUUCAAUAUCAGAGAAAUAUGGCCGUCCUGAUAAAAUCCGCAUUAGCGUUGUAGGCGCUGGUUCCAGGGCAAAAAUUGAGAUUAAUUACAAUAAUGUGUCUUUACCAGACAAGGAGUCAUUUCGCAGAGAAGUUAACAAAAUGACUCCAGUUGAAGGUGCUGCUGAUGUAAAAAAAGCCUUGAUUGCUGCGGAAGAAAUAUUCAAUGCUUCGUCAGCCCGUCCUAACGCUAGAAGGUUUGCCUUGUUAUUGACGGACCAAUCUUUUAAUGUUUCUUCCUUAAGUGAAUUGGAAAAUGCAGUAAAACCUUUGGAAAACAUCAGAGUAAUUCCAAUUACUAUUGCCUUUGGCGACCAACCAGAUAAAAGGCAACUCAAGACAAUAACACGGUCUGAUAGAGCCAACAUAUUUGUGACAGAUUUAAUGUCUCCAACAGAAAUUGGUGACGAAGCCAUGAAGCUCAUUAUGAAUGAUGAUAUUCCACAGCAAACUAUUACCAUUGCCAUGUCACCAUCGACCAAAGAAAAUCUUGCUUAUGCCAAAGAAGUAUUAAAGAAUUUAGUCAACGCACUUGGAUUUGACGAUGUCGUCAAGCUCAAUGUCAUAUCAUAUGGUUCUAAUGUCUCGAGUACAAUAAAAUCUGAUUCACCUGACUAUCCCGACCUAGAAGCGCUCCUAAAGGCAGUUGAUAAGAUAGAAAUGCCCUCUGGUAACGCAUCACUCGCUCCAGCUCUUGAGGAAGCAGCGAAACUUGCAAAGGAGCAGGAAACGCCUGAAAAUACCAAGAAUACUGUUGUGGUAAUGUCUGAUAAACCAGCAACUGAAACCCCGGAGGAAGUUGUGAAACAGGUUAAGACUGCUAAGGAAUCAGGCAUCACUCUCAAAUCUGCUCCAUUAAGCGCUGAGGCUGCCAAAGAUAACGAACGUUUAACUGGUGAAGAGGAAGCUAGUUUUAACAUAAACCCAUCCAGUAGCAACCCUAAAAGUUCUGCUGAAGAAAUUCUGGCAGAACUUGCUGCCGAGGACCUGGAUCUAACAGGAAUUGGUUGUGGUUCGCUACUUGAUAGUUACCUGUUAAGGAUUACCAAUGCUUCGUUUAGCGCAUCAUCAGGAAAGUCUGGUCUUCCAUUACUCAGUGAACAGCCUUGGAAACCCUCUAUUCUCAAUUCUUUACAGAAUCUUACAGUAAACGCGGGUCGAAUGGUUCGUGUUUCUAGAAUCAGUUGGGGUGGUACACCUAACGCGGCAACGUCGCCAUCUCAAAUACAGAUUCACUAUAGCACAGAUGGGAUUACAUUUACCUGCGUGCUUGAUGGGAAUAGAUGUGAGAACUUCUUGAGUAAAAGUCCACCUCCGGUUAGUGGUUCCACCAUCACUAAUGUAAAGCUUAGGACUGUUAUCGAAGCUCAGUACUUCACAUUCAGACCAGUUGAACCAGAUCCAUCAAAGAAUGGAGCUGAUGCUUCGGCUCUUCGCAUCGAACUUCACGGAUGCCUUAUUACUGCUCCACCGAUGGAUAUUUUAUUUGCAAUGAGUGCAACAUCUUCCAGUGGAGACGCUGUUUUUGCAAAUAUGAAAAACACAGCUAAGGACAUCGUCAAUACACAUGGAAUAUCCAUAAACAAGUAUUCUACAAUUGUGUUCGGUGCUUCAGCUAACACACUAUUUGACUUUUCUAAAAAGUUUCUCAACAAAGAAACCGUUAAUGCUGAUAUUGAUAAAGCAACUCGUGAAAAAUCUCGACCACCAUCCUUAUCCAAUGCCUUGAGUACCGCCAAAACUAUAUUUGACACAAAAGGACGACCGAACACCAAACGUGUUUUAAUAGUCAUGAUAGAAGAAAGCUCAACUCAAACGAAAAAUCUUCUCACUAGCAUGACUAGUCAGUUGCGAUCAAGUAACGUUAUGGUUAUUGCCAUAAGUUUUGGAAGUAAUGUCCCUUUACAAGAACUACAGUGGAUAACAUUGAAUAGAUAUUUUAUAAUGAUGGUGUCUCCUACGGAAUCGCAACGACAUGUCGCACUUGGAAUUAUGUCAAGAGCCCUCAAACAAAUUGACUUGACUUUUGCAAUUGGUUCCAUUUCUACAAACAGAGAUAGCAUUUUUACACUUAUGAAAGACACUAUACGAUCUGUUAUCGAUACGUAUGGCACUACAUUUAUCCGAUACAGUGUUGUCGUGUAUGGACCAGAUCCAGUCAGUAACACCGCCAUAAGAAUCUCAUACACAGACUUUAUGAAGUAUUCUACUUCAUCAGACUUUAGCAACGAUGUGGCCAAGCUUACACCAGCCACAGGCUCUGGAAAUCUACGACUCGACGAAGCUCUCAAGAAGUCUGAGGAGUCUUUCAAAGACCGAAACCACAGACCCUAUGCUGAUAAAAUCGUUUUACUUAUGUUCGAUAAAGAUUCCACUGCUUCUAAUUUGAAAUCUAUUUCUAAUUCUCUUGAAGAUAAUGGAAUUAUCGUCAUUCCAGUGGGAAUAGGAAAAGAAGUAAGCACAAAACAGCUAUCUGUUUUAACAACAAACAUAGACGAUGCUAUCCAUGUAGAGCAUAGCAUUACGAAAACACUCCUACAAGAACAAAUUAUGAAUAAAGUUUACAAAGUUAAUCUUCAAGAUGUGGACCUUACGUUUGUCAUAACGGCGGCGUCAAGUCGUGCUAACGACAUUUUUAGUCAUAUGCAAAAUAUCAUGCAGACCAUUGUACAUCGAUACGGCCAAGGACGAAUCUACUACAGCGUUAUUGUCAUCAAUGGUACCAAUCCCUAUACCUUCUACAAAUUUGGAACUGUUUUUCCAAACAAAGAGGUCCUGAUAAAUGCAUUGUCCAAAAUAAAGCAGAGUGCAGUUAGUGGAUUAGCACUGGAUAGAGCUCUUCAGCUGGCUAAAACUAACUAUAAUGAGUCUGCAAAUGUACGUACCUUUGCUUUAAAGUUUGUUGUUGUCAUAAUGGAUAAAAAGACUGGCAUUGCGGAAGGGAUUCUGCGUAGCUCGUUUACCUCUUUACAGGAAGCUGGAGUCCGUGUGGUUUCAGCAGGCAUUGAUAAAGAAGUUAAUUUAUUAGAACUCAAACAAAUCACUGCGUAUAAAGAUCAAGUGUUUUUGUUGUCAACUGACCAGCCAUAUGUUAGAAAUGCAGAGGAAAUAAUGAACCCAAUCGUUCGAAUUCCCGAUGUAGACGUUGUAUUUGUUCUUAACGCCGAUUCAGCAAAGUCAGGAAAGACCUUCCAACUCAUGCAAGACUCUGUUAAGAAGAUCGGUGCUAAAUAUGGACAGAGGAGUUUCCAUUAUGCAAUAAUUGUUUAUGGAACAACUGUCACAAAGGCAUUUGAUUUUGCAGACAAUAUUCCUUAUCGAGCUGCUUUUGACAGUGAAAUAGAUAAGAUCAAUAAACUUGCUGGUGUUUCUAAGUUGCCAGAUGCUUUAGACGAAGUUAAACUUGUCUUUAGAAGUCCAAGUUCUCGCCGUAAUGCAAAGAAGGUAGUUAUUAUCAUUCAGGACAAGAAAACAGGAGAAGCUCAAAGCAAGCUGUUAGACAUUGUUCAGCCUCUGUUUGACGAAGGAAUUGUUGUACUUGGUGUUGGAAUUGGGAAUGAAAUAUCUUUGAGUGAUGUCCAGCUUUUAACCAUUCGAAGAGAAGAUGGUAUCUCAGUUCCUGAUGACGAGAGGAGUGGCUUACUAGCAGACAAAAUGGCAGCUAGACUCGUUAGAGAUGGGUUUCCUGUACUAAACCUGAUGUUUGCUAUCAGUCUUACAAAUGCUGAUCCGAACAGAAAUGCUGAUUUAAUGAAGAACAUUUCCAGAGCAGUGAUACGAAGGUUUAGUGCUAGACGCAUUCAUUUUGCCCUCGUACCRUUUGGAAAUACGAUUGUUGAUAAAAUGGAUUUCAAUAGCAUUGCUCCAGACAUGUCAUCAUUGGUAGAUAUGGUAAACAACUUAAAACAAGUGGAUAAUAGUCAAAAUCCAAACGCACAGGCAGUAAUGGAUAGAGCAAGCCAAUUGUUUCAAGAAGGACCAGAACGAAUACAAAGUCGAAACGUCCUUAUUAUGUUUAUGGACAAGACACCAUCCUCAAGUGAACAACUCCUUGAAACGUCCAAGCGCCGUUUACAAAAUCUUCAAGUGACCGUCGUCCCAGUAGCUGUUGGACCACAAAUUGAUAUAAACCGCCUUUACAAUGCCACGGUAUUUCGUGAUCAUGUUACUCACAUAAAAAGCAGUGAUUCUCCUGCAAAAGCAGCGGAAGAUAUUCUUUACAAACUACCAGUUCCCCUGAUCUACAUAAUGUUUGUCAUGACUACCGAUAACACUGUAACCGGUGCAACAUUUAAGCUCAUGAAAGAUAUUCCACAAGCUCUCGUAGACAAGUAUGGUUCAAGAAACAUCAUUGUCUCAUAUAUUUCUUAUGGCACACCGGCCAUGGUAGUCUUUAAUUAUAAUACAACAAUCCCUGAUAAGGAAACUCUCGCCAAAGAACUGGCUAAAGUACCCAAAGUUGGCAGCGCUCCAGAUGUUGAAAGCGCAUUGAUAAAAAGUCGAGAAGAAUUUCAGUCAUCCUCAGUCGAUCCAGAAGCCAAGAAAGUAUUGGUUUUGGGCACACACCGAAUGUUUAGUGGCUUCGACAAUCAGAAUAUCAAAGAUGCUGUAAAACGAAUUGACGAAGAGGGAAUUCGCACAAUUGCCGUUGGAUUUAGUGAUGAGCCUGUGCAAGAACAACUCGGAAAUAUUACGAAGACUGGAAGAGCAAUUAUAAGACCAUUGAAAAGCGAUCAGGGCACGCAAAUUGCUGAUAACAUCCUUAAAAUAGCUUUGAAUGAUGGAAUUCCAGAGAUAUUUGUCACUUUUAUGCUCAGCGCUACUGGACCAAACGCUACCAAAGCAUUUCAGCAGAUGAAAGAUUACAUGAAGGCAAUAAUUCAUCGCUAUGAACCCAAAAGAUUCAAGUACAAUUCCAUAGUAUUCGGACAAAGCGCUAAAACAGAAAUCAAAUAUGAUCCAAAUCGGUCUACGAAAGAUUUGAUAGCAUUAGUAAAUGGUCUAUCUCCAGUUAAAGGACCAAUCUCGUUGGUUAAUGCUUUUAACCACACAAAUCAAUACAUUUCUUCAGAACCAGGUUUACUGUCUGGAAGUGCUGCAGUUGUUGUAAUAUGGGACAAAAAUUCGACAGAGAAUACUGCAGACAUUACAUAUGCAGCCAAGGUUUUGAGCAACGAGACUGUUCGAAUAAUUCUUGCCCCGAUGAAUAUUGAUCCAGCAAGUGCUGCUCCAGCGAACCCAAAUGAAGAGCAAGUUGUACCAAAUAGUGUGAACUCUGAUCCAGGAAUGGUUUCAGAAGAAAUCGUUGAUCGAUUACUUUCAGUUCCUUGUGAUGUCAACCCAUGCAAUAAUGGCGGCAUAUGUAAACUUAAUGCCUGUACUUGUAAGAAAGGGUUUUCUGGGAAAUUCUGUGAAAAAGUGGACUUUUAUGAAGUUGGUUGUGGGCCAUUGCUUGACAGCUCUCUACUUGAUGUCAAAGCCUCAUCAUUUUCUGCCACUACAGGAGAUCCAGGAAUUCCUUUACUUUCUAGAAUUGCCUGGAAACCAGGAACAAAAAAUAUACAGCAAUACCUAACUGUUGAUCUUGGUGAACGCGUACAAGUCACAAGAGUUGGAUAUGGUGGCGACAAAGUGCAACCAAAUGCUCCUACUCAAUUGCAUUUGCACUUUAGCAUCGAUCAAUCUAAUUUCACGUGCUUUACAGACAAUAAUGUUUGUAGGAAAUACGUUACUACAAAGAAAGCUCCUGUGCCUGGAACACAUGAAAGUUUCCAUGAAGUGAACAACGGGUUACCUGUCGACGUUCGGUGGAUUCGAUAUGAUCCACAGAAGCCUGAUCCUAAAACAAAACCAGGAGGAUCUUCCCUUCGUGUUGAAGCCUAUGGCUGCAUUGAGGCUUAUCCUGAUAUGGACGUGUUGUUGGCUGUGAGUGCUACAUCAUCGAAUGCAAGCGUUACGUUUCCUCUCAUAAAAAAUGCAACGAAGGACAUUGUCAAUAAUUAUGGAACUCGUCGUAUUCGUUAUGCUAUGCUGGUGUUUGGUGCUACCACUAAUAAACUAUUUACCUUUGAUGACAACUUAAGUAAAGACCAGAUUCUGUCAAGGAUUGAUAGUGCUUCUCCAGAGAAUGGUCCUGUGAAUUUAGUUACUGGCUUAACUACCGCCAGGUCAAUGCUUAAUAGUGCUACACCGAGGCGUCCUAAAGCCAAAAAAGUCCUAGUUGUCAUGAAUGACAAAAGUACAUUGGAACAAAAGAACGUGGUUGCAACUCCCGUCUCACAGUUAACUGAUAGCGACGUUCAAGUAGUCAGUGUUGGUUUAGGUACAGAAAUCGGAAGAGAACAACUUGAAUGGCUAAUUCUUAACAGCUUUUAUGUUAUUCAUGUGCCACAUACCGAGCAAGCUCGUCAUUUGGGUUCGAGUAUAAUGACGCGAGCAAUUAAAGCUUUUGACAUAACGUUUGUUGUCAGUGCAACAUCUUCCAAGGCAGAUGACUAUUAUAAGUUGAUUCAAGAUACAUUAAAGGCAAUCGUCACUAAAUAUGGCUAUACAGCAAUCCAAUACAGUGUCAUUGUUUAUGGUUCCAAGUCUUCGAGUCCUUCGUGGAGUGUCGUGUAUACCUACACUCAGUCUUCGGUAUUUCCUGAUAAAACUACUUUUGCUAAUAAGCUAGGCCAACUUAAGAAAAUCGAUAAUGGAGGUUCUCCGUACGCCCUAGAUGAUGCAUUACGUAAUGCUGAAGAGGGUUUCAAGGAUCCUAAAGUUCGUCCAUUUGCCGAUCAUAUAGUAGUCGUCAUUACCGAUAAUGAUUCUUCCCUGACAAACCUUAAACCCCGAAUCGAUUCAAUGGAAAAAAAAGGCAUCAGAAUGAUUGUCGUUGGAAUUCAAAACCCUAACCCAAAGGAACUACGAGGUCUUACUUCGAACGAUCAAGACGUUAUAAUAGUUUAUGACGGCGUCACUAAGGAAACACUACAAGAAAGAUUAAUGCACAAGGUCUUUCGAACUGAUAUGGAAGACAUCGACUUAACGUUCAUCUUUAACGCCGCUUCUGCUGAUUCUGACUCUACCUACGAGUACAUGCAAAAUAUUAUCAAAUUAAUAAUUCAAAGAUACAGCUAUGGUAGGAUAUUCUACAGUUUCAUAUUCUAUGGUAGUGUUCCUACUACCAAGUAUAAUUUUGGACAAACUUUUCCAAAUAAACAAGUGCUUAUCAGGACAGUUUCCAAACUUCCCAAGAAUGGAGAAGGCACUGCUCUUGAUAAAACUCUCCAAGAAACAAAGCGAAUUUACGAGUCGAAUAACGCUCGGUCCAACUCGUUGAAAAUAGCUGUUCUAUUGUUUGAUAAGAGGUCUGGUGUUGCUGAGAACGUUGUCAAGAAUGCUGCAUCAUCUUUGCACGAGAUAGGAGUCCGCUUGAUACCAGUGGGCAUUGGAAAGUCUGUCAGUUUAACAGAAAUGGAAACAAUCACAGCGUUUGAAGACAACAUCUUGACAGUGUCAAGUGAUGAAAAUCCAGUGGAAAUAGGCGAAGAAAUUAUGAGACGUUUCCUUGGAAUUCCGCUUGUUGAUAUAGUGUUUGUCAUCAAUGCCGAUUCGACAAAUAAAACUGCCGUCUUCAAGAAAAUUCAAGAUUCCAUCAAGCAGAUUGGUGACAAGUUUGACGUAGAUAGAUUCCAUUACAGUGUAAUUGUUUAUGGAUCUACAUUAAAGAAAGAAUUUGCUUUUGACGAUCCAACGCCUUUCAAAGAGGUAUUACGAGAGAGAGUCGAUGCUGCCCAAAUGAUAAGUGGCUCAAACGAUUUGCCCAAUGCUCUUAAAGAAGCCGAAAAAAUACUGACUGAAAAUAGUAAACGUCGACAAACCUCUCUCAAUGCUAUCGUGGUUAUCUCUGACAAAUCAUCAGGUCAAACAGUUCCAACUUUAAACAAUUCAUCUAAACCUAUUCACGAUCAAGGCAUAAUGGUAGUGGCAGCAUCUAUUGGUGGCAAUCCCCCAAGAAAUGAAUUGCUCGCAAUUACAACUAGAAGUGAUGAUGUUAUCGAGGUUACUAAUAGUGACACAAGUGGUUACCUAGGUGAUAGAAUAAUUGAAAGAAUUUUGAAAGAUGGUGUUCCUGAAAUAGAUAUUACGUUUGCUGUCACCAAGUCUGCCGCAAGGCCAAACACAGCUAAUCUCAUGCCAGCUAUUGUUAAAUCAAUUGUUCAUCGUUAUGGCAACAAAAGAGUACGGACAAGUAUUAUAGUAUUUGGAGACAAGCCUAUAAGAGUAUUUGACUUUGGAUACGACUUUCCAAAUGAAAAGGUCCUUCUGGACAGAAUAGAUAAACUUCCCAAUGAAGAAACAACAAAUCCAGAUGUUCAAAAAUCUCUCGAGGAGACAAAGAAAUUAUUUGAGGAUGCCCCUACUAGAAAGAAUGCACGGCAAGUUCUUGUCACUAUCAUGGAUCGUUCUUCAAACGUGCCUGAAGAAAAGAUAAAGAAAUCAGUUCGAGACCUCCAAAAUAUAGGAGUCAUGCAGAUAGUUGUUGUUAUUGGCUCAGAGAUACCGAAGCAACAAACAGAUUCUCUGACUAUAUUUAGAAAUAACGUGAUCAAAACAACCGCUGACACACCAGCAUGGAAUACGGGUGAAGAAAUUAUUACAAGGAUUAUCGGAUUCCCUGAGUUGUAUAUCGUAUUUGCUGUAACUACUGAUGCUGCUAUAACCGACAAGACAUAUAAAAUAAUGACCGAUACAGUGAAGAACAUGGGAAAGAAAUACGGCAUUCGGAAAAAUCGGUUUAGCAUUAUCACAUUUGGAAAUCCACCGAAAACUCUAUUAGACUUCGAAACGACGCUCUCAAACCAAGACGCCCUUGUCAAAGAAGUAAAUAAAGUUCCAAAAACAACAAACACCAUCAACUUUGCUUCGACCAUGAAGGAAGUAGAGAAAGUCUUCGAUAAAACUAAAGUGAAACCAAAAUCAAAAAAGGUUUUAGUAGUACUGGCAGAGAAAAAGUUUGGUAUUGAUACAAAAGGCUUCUACGAUGCCAUGAAGCCUCUGGAAGAAAAAGGUAUCACUACGAUAGCUGCUGGUGUCGGUAACAACGUUAAUGAAGAAGAACUUGAAGAAAUUGCCAAAACAGAGAGGAAAGUAGUCACACCAAAAGCUGACGACAGUGGAUGGCAGGUUUCUGAUGAAAUCGUGAAAAAAAUCAUCGGAGAUGGAUAUCCAAAAUAUGACGUCGUAAUUACAAUUAGCCUGUCAUCUCCAAAUUCGUCCGAGGUAUUCGACUAUAUCAAAAACGUUUUAAAAUCCAUGGCAAGACAGUAUCCAGGGGAGACGAUUCACACUGGUGUUGUUGUCUUUGGACCAAAUACUGAAGUAGAUAGCACAAUAAAAUUAUCUGCAGACACGCCAAGUGAAGAAGAAAUAGAAAAAGCAAUUAAUAAUCUUAAACCAGCAGGAAAGAGUCCUAUGAACUUUACCAAAGUAGCUGAUACGGUCAGUAAGAUUAUGAGCAGCCCUGGUGCUCGCAAAGAUGCGGAGAAAAUUGCCAUUGUGACUUAUGAUAAUCCUCCAGAACAACCUGAAGAAGAAAUCAACGCAGCUGAAAAGAAAUUGGAAGAAGAAAAGAUUUUAUUGAUCACUGUGCCUUUUGUACCUAAGAAUGCCUCAGAUCCAAAUAGUGAUCCUAAGUCUAAAAAGAACUGUAUAACGAGUAAUGUUAACCAUUGUGUCACUCCUGGAUCGACAAAAGCUUCUACCCCGAAACCGCCUGGCGAAGAACCAACAGCAGAAGAAACGCUACGGAGUCCAGAAAAAGAAUCUGAGAAAUUAGUUGACGUUUUUACAAAAGCAACAUGCGGCCAUAACCCAUGUAAGAAUGGCGGGACGUGUGUCAGCAAUCUCGGUUACAAGUGUAACUGUAAACCUGGAUUCUUUGGUAAAAACUGUGAAGUUGGAUGUAUUCAAAAGGAGUUGGGUGUCAUGGUUCCUGACAAUAAGGAUAGAGAUCAGUACCUACGUGUUUCGGACGAUAAAGUAACCGCCUCGUCACAGUAUGACGGCAGAUAUGCUCCAUAUCGAGGUCGUCUUAAUAUGAAAGAACUGGGAAGCAAAUAUGGUAGCGGUUGGUGUGCCAGUCCUGAAGAUAAAAACCCGUAUUUCCAAAUAAAUUUUGAUAAUCCAGUAGUUUUUACAUCCAUAAAGACAAAAGGGAUCGCCGAUUCCAUAGUGGGCCGUUCAUAUGUAAAGAAAUACUAUGUGAGCUAUGCGAAUCAAACUGGCCAAUGGACAACAUAUACUAAAGACAACAAAAAAGUAGAGUUUACUGCUGCCUUUGACGAAUCAACAAACCACUUCUCCUCCUUCGUCAAAGCAAGCUACUUAAGAAUCCACCCAACAGAGGCGGAGAAGACAAGAUCUGGUCCAUGUAUGCAAACAGCUGUUUAUGGAUGCGAUCCAAAGGCCAUUAUUGAACAGCGGCCAGUCUCCGAUGUAAAGGCGGCAGCAAUAUUCGUUCCUUUUAAUGAUCCAAAGGGAAAGUUAUGGGCGAUUCCUAUGAUUCUUUUCCCACUUCUUCUUGCAAUUUUCAUGAUUGGUCUUCUGCUUCGUUUCUGUGGAUGUGGACAACCGAAAGGUUCGGGUACUGGUCAGCAGAAAAACCUCCUUCAGCCAUGGCAGGACCCUCCAUCAUUCAACCCUUACAACGAAGUUCAAACUGUAUCGAUCGAGUUUGGAGAGGAGAAGACACCUGGAGCAUUUGGAAUGCAUGCAUUAACAGUUGCUUCUCCGGGUGGAGAAUAUGGUGGUGGUGGAUUUGCGAUGAGUGAAUCCUAUGGUGGAUUUGCUUCAGCCAGUGGGGGUGGUGCCGGUGGGGCUAGUGCCGGCGGGUUUGGUGCCGGUGGUAGUGGCGGGUUUGGCGCCGGAGGAGGCGGUGCUGGUGCCGGGGGGUCUGGAGGUGGUGGUAGUGGCGGAUUUGGAGCCGGAGGAGGCGGUGCUGGUGGUUUUGGUGCUGGAGGAGGAGGUGCGAGCUCAUCGUAUUCAUACUACGAGUCUCGUUCUUCGUCGAUGUUUCAAGAUAUGCCAAUGGAAGGGGGACUGACCGAAGUAGACGUAACGUUUGACAUAGAGGACGGUGGACUUGGUGGAGGUGACGGAGGAGGUGGAGUAAGUGAUGUGUUCAUUGGUGGUGGUGGCGGCGGCGGCGGCGGCGGAAUGAAUGCCUAUUCAUCGUAUUCAUCCUAUCAACAAACAUCGUCAAGUGCUGCUGAAAGUGUAGGUAGCGCUGGGGGAGUAGGAGGAGGAAAUUUAACUGUAACUGGUAGUGCCAUGACUGCCAGCGGAGGAAACAUAGCAGAUUCGCAUAGUAAUGCUCUACAUGGUGCAGGAAGUGGAAUAGCUACAGGAGGAAGUGAUAUGGGAGCUUCUGCUGGUAUGGCCAUGGGAGGAAGCAAUAUGAUGGCUGAAAGAAGUGCUACAGCUGAAGGAGGCCUGCAUCCUUUUGGUAGUGGAUAUGGCACUGUUGGAGGAAACAGUUUUGGUGACUAUGAAUCACUUAGCAGUUCUGCACCUGCAGAUUACGAAGAUAUCGACGUUGGAAACCUCUUUGAUGAAAGUAAUAGAAUUUUCUCAUUCGACCGCCAAUAUGUACCGAGUAGCUCCAAGACUUAAAGUAAAUUGGACUGAUGGCUGCUGAUGGCUUCUUAUGGAUAAUAGCGAUAAUUAAUGACAAUUGAAAAUAAAAACAAAAUCAUUCAGCAAUAUUUUAUUACUAAGCUUCUUCAUGGUUUUAGUGUUUACACUCUUUGCUGUCUUAUCAACACAAAUUAGCGCUUUUUACCUCUAGUUGGUUGUACUAUUUCACACCAUUAGUAUUUGCACUCUACUGAUCAUUAAAUACUCGUAUGUAUAGAGCAUGGCGUUCAGAGACCAGUAAAGUCAGUAAAGUACAUGUCACGGAGAAGUAACAUGACGUGAAUGAAGUGACUUUAAUAAAUAUUCAUAGGUAACGACAUCCCACUCUAUCUAUUGUAUCUAACUUAUAAAAUAACUAAGUCACUUAUAGCUCAUAAGUCAUGAAUUACUCAUGAUGAUUUUAUGAUCACAGAGCACCUUAUACGCACUAUUAUAAGUUUUCUAUAGUGGGCUUGCUUUCACUAAUAAACUAUCAUUUUUUAUCAAUGAAUGUGUGGCAGUUAGAUUUUUCUAUAUCUUUUCGUAAACCUGUUGUGGCAGGCGUUCUAAGUGCAAUUUCAUCUGUAGGCCUGGCCCCGAGACAGGCGUCGCAAGUCAUUUUGGAGAAUAGUCUAGUACUAUUGUUUCAGUGUCGUUUUCAAGACAAGAAACAAGGGAAGACCGUUCAAUUUAUUGUUUUUGUAUUCAUUUAAUUAUAACAUUCCCUCGCUGUAACAAUAGAGCUUAUGUCAGACCUUUCUCCAAACCCUGUGAAAUAGCAAGGCUCCGGACGAAUAUGGUAAUUCCCUUGAAACUGUGUUACAGGCUUGCGGCUGUGUAGACUGAUUAGUAAAACUUGCCAGAUUUCUAUAGAGCCCUACGCGAAGCACAUUCUUUAGUAAUUCAUGGGGUCAUGCAUUUUGUCCUGGGCGAACAAAAAUGCUAAUAUGUACGGAGGCCAUUUUGGAGAAGGGUCUGGAGAAUACUUUAUCAUGUCAUAAUAGUUUUCAAUCACUUGCUUCCUAUAUUGCUUUCCUUCCUCAUUAGUUUUUUGUGGAUUUUGUAUUUUACUAGUUGUAGAUAGUAUUGUAGAUAAAUAAAAUCAAGGUUGGUCUCAUUA